UACAGAGGGAAGCGGACAGCCGUGUUCAAUGUUUCACCACAGAGCUGAUUUAGCCUUCGCCCCCAAACGAAAUAUCGUGACUUCCACUGAGAGAAAGUCGCUUUUCUGCGUCGGAGAGGAGCGGGAAACGACUAUAUCACCACCAUGAUCAACACGAUGGAGUGUGCAGAGGAUGCACAAAGUCUAAUCUCCAUUUCCUUACGGAAGAUCCACAACUCCAGGACGCAGAGAGGAGGCAUCAAGCUGCACAAAAAUCUCCUGGUGUCCUAUGUGUUGCGGAACGCCAGGCAGGUCUACAUGAACGAGAAGUACGCGGAGAUUUACAGGAUGCAGCAGUACGAAGAGGUGAUGACCGUCUGCAACGAGAUCCAGGAGUUAAACCCACUGGAUUUGGCCGAGGACUGUGAGGAGCAGAGUGGGGACUGCUGCGGCAACGGCGGGGUGAGCGAGCCGGCGAGUCUGUGCUGCGCGCUGCUGCCAGUGAGCCACCUAGCAGCAGUGCAUUCAGCGCAUAUGCAAACCCCCUCCGCCUGCUCCGCGCCUCUCUCUCGCCAAAGCGACGAGGUCUGCAAGGAGACAGAGCCCUCGUUCUACCAGAGCUGUUGUGCCGAGGAUUACCCUGUAUCGAAUUGCGACUUUUCCCCGGUGAACAACAAUUUACACUGCAACAAAACGACGGUGCUCGAUUUGGACACGCACGUAGUGACUACUGUGGAGAAUGGGUACCUUCACCAGGACUGCUGCGCGUCUCUCCAACAGUGCUGCCAGGGCGCACCGUACCCAGCCAAGAAACGCAAGGUUGACUUUGAAUAUUAUAUAUCUGAUAUUGAGGAGGUACCGGAUUUUACGCCUUGUAAAAUAGCGAAAUUCGAGGACUGUUCCUACGCAAAUUCGGAACACUUGGACACUUCGAACAUUUCCAAUCUGAUCUCGAUCUUCGGUUCGGGGUUUUCGGGGCUGGUGAGCAGACAGGCGGACUUUGAGCAAGCCUUAGCCUUGAACGGACAGUUCUGUAGCAAACAAGCCCAAGCGAGUCUCGGGGCAUGGACUAGAGCUAUAGUUGCUUUUUGACUCCAUGGUAAACUAGAAUAAAACACUUUAUGAAAUUGUACAAAGUCUAAAUCAAAUCGGCUUUAUUUUUUUGCAAGAAAGGGUAUUUCGUCCCCUGUAGCUCAGUUGGUAGAGCAUGGCGCUUGCAACGCCAGUGUUGUGGGUUCGUUUCCCACGGGGGGCCAG